AUGGCUUCAUUUACGGAUGUAACAACACUGUACACAGUUGAAAUUGACACCGUAGACUUUGACACAGUUGACUUUGACACAGUUGACUUUGACACAGUAGACUUUGACACAGUAGACUUUGACACAGUUGACUUUGACACAGUUGACUUUGACACAGUUGACUUUGACACAGUAGUCUUUGACACAGUUGACUUUGACACAGUUGACAUUGACACAGUUGACUUUGACACAGUAGACUUUGACACAGUUGACUUUGACACAGUUGACUUUGACACAGUUGACUUUGACACCGUAGACUUUGACACAGUAGACUUUGACACAGUUGACUUUGACACAGUUGACUUUGACACAGUUGACUUUGACAAUCUAAAUAUGUCGUGCUUAGUCUAUGUUAUCAUGUAUGACGCCCCUAUUGAUCUUGGUAAAGAUGAGCGAUUUGUCUUCUGCAUGUGUAAAGACAUAGAAGACAUCAUUAUUUGUGUCGGUCUGACUGUCGAGCUAAACCACCCUAACCUGGACAUAGGUCUAACUGUCGAGCUAAACCACCCUAACCUGGACAUCGGUCUUCCUGUCGAGCUAAACCACCCAAACCUGAACAUCGGUCUUACUGUCGAGCUAUACCACCCUAACCUGAACAUAGGUCUGACUGUCGAGCUAAACCACCCUAACCUGGGCAUCGGUCUUACAGUCGAGCUAAACCACCCUAACCUGGACAUAGGUCUUACUGUCGAGCUAAACCACCCUAACCUGGACAUAGGUCUUACUGUCGAGCUAAACCACUCUAACCUGGACAUAGGUCUUACUGUCGAGCUGAACCAUCCUAACCUGGACAUCUGUCUUACUGUCGAGCUAAACCACCCUAACCUUGACAUAGGUCUUACUGUCGAGCUAAACCACCCUAACCUGGACAUAGGUCUUACUGUCGAGCUAAGCCACCCUAACCUGGACAUCGUCGAGCUAACCCGCCCUAACCUGGACAUAGGUCUUACUGUCGAGCUAAACCACCCUAACCUGAACAUCGGUCUUACUGUCGAGCUAAACCACCCUAACCUGGACAUAAGUCUUACUGUCGAGCUAAACCAUCCUAACCUGGACAUAGGUCUUACUGUCGAGCUAAACCACCCUAACCUGGACAUAAGUGUUACUGUCGAGCUAAACCACACUAACCUGGACAUCGGUCUAACUGUCGAGCUAAACCGCCCUAACCUGGACAUAGGUCUUACUGUCGAGCUAAACCACCCUAACCUGGACAUAGGUCUUACUGUCGAGCUAAACCACCCUAACCUGGACAUAGGUCUUACAGUCGAGCUAAACCACCCUAACCUGGACAUCGGUCUAACUGUCGAGCUAAACCACCCUAACCUGGACAUCGGUCUAACUGUCGAGCUAAACGACCCUAACCUGGACAUAGGUCUUACUGUCGAGCUAAACCACCCUAACCUGGGCAUAGGUCUUACUGUCGAGCUAAACCACACUAACCUGGACAUAGGUCUUACUGUCGAGCUAAACCACCCUAACCUGGACAUAAGUGUUACUGUCGAGCUAAACCACACUAACCUGGACAUCGGUCUUACUGUCGAGCUAAACCACCCUAACCUGGACAUAGGUCUUACUGUCGAGCUAAACCACCCUAACCUGGACAUAAGUGUUACUGUCGAGUUAUCCAGUCUUGUCUGUCUUGCAUAUAUGAUGAUGUUGAUGUUGCAGGUUUAA